AUGCUCUCCUUUCUUCGGAGCUUCAAGCACAUACAGAAACCACAAAGAGCCUAUAUUUCCAUAACCUGUCGAGAUUGGUCCCUCUUACUAAAUUCCAAAAGCAGAUCAAUCGGUCGCGAAGAGCUUUUCGCCUAUACCAAUGGGCGUUUCCUUGUUGACGAAAAGAACCAACUUGACCGACGAUAUGUGAAAUUCGACCUGGACGCGCUUUGCACUGCUGCUGCCACUGCUGGUGGCCACUCAUCUCGAAUCACGGCCAUUGAGAAUAUGGAAGGCGGCUUUAGCAAAGUCCUUCUGAUGCAAAAGGAGAACGGGAUGGAAGUCAUCGCCAAAAUCCCAUGUCGCAUUGCUGGGCCUGCAGUCUUGACCACAGAAUGCGAGGUAGGCGUGUCAGAAUUAAUAAGGAAACACACAAGUAUCCCCGUUCCUCGGGUACUAUCCUGGUCCUCGGACAGAUCCAACGCCAUGGGAGCCGAGUAUAUCAUCAUGGAGAAAGCCUCAGGGAUCCAACUUUUUGAGGUUUGGGAAAAGAUGCCGGAAAUAGAAAAGCUGCGACUCAUCAGAAGCCUAGCAAGGCUGGAGGCUCAGCUGUCGGCUAUUCGAUUUCCUGCAUCUGGGGGACUUUAUCUUCAAAAAAAGACGAACAUUUCGAAAUGCACACCUCUUGACCAGGAUAUUGAUCCAACGGGUUCUUUCUGCAUCGGUCCCUCUUGUGACCGCACAUACCAAACAGAGGGAAUUGAAACUGCUAUCCCAAGUGUGCAUGAUAUCGGGCCCUGGAAUACAAUCUCAGCCCUAGGGAUAUCCAUCGCAAGAAUAGAGUUGUCUCGAAUCUCCAACGGACAUCUUACGAACCAUGCACAUUUCUACCGCGGAAGUGUUGAGGAGCAUACCGAACUUCUAGAAACUACGAUACGCCUCAUGAUACUUUUGGAUGCCAAUAGCAUCCUUUCGAAGUCCCCUCAGCCAACACUCUGGCACACAGAUUUACAUAUGGGAAACAUUUACGUCUCGCCCGAGGAACACGCGCGGAUAGUAUCGUUCAUUGAUUUGCAAGGAGUGCUAGUCUUGCCAGCCUUCCUCCAAGCUCGAUGGCCAGUAUUCCUGAAGCCUUGGCAGGAGGAUGAAUACGUGAAAGGAAUUGUACACCCGAAGCUGCCGGACGACUCCGAUCAAUUAAACGAGGAAGAAAAAAGGCGUGCAUUGAGCGAGUGGGAGCAAGAUAAGCUAGCCAAGGCUUACGAGGUCGCCACAUAUCUCGAGAACAGACCGGCGUAUACCGCCAUGAAUGUGCCGCGAGUUUUUCGAGAGCUGUUCAUCCGUUGUGGUGAGAUCUCCUCGGUGGGCGUUGUCCCACUUCGUGAAUGUCUCAUAGAGAUAUUCCAGAGCUGGUCGAAUUUGGGAUUCACUAGAGAUUGCCCAUUAUCCUUCACCGAAGAAGAGGUCGAGGCUCAUGAGUGCCAAUUCGCCGAUUAUCAAGAUUGGCACCAAGUCCAGGCCCUUGCUCGGGAAUGUCUGGAUACCGAUGCGGAAGGCUGGAUAUCACCACAUUUGGAUUUCGAGAACAAAAGAAAGCCGAACAAGCAAUUGCAGGACAUGUACAUUCAUCAAAUGACGGCGAGAAAACUCCGGAGGAAGUGA